GGCCUGCGUCGCUUCGAAAUUUGGAGAAUGUUCGAUCCGGGUUAAGGACUUUUUCGUGUUUUUACUGUGAUUAGUUAAUGUGAAUUUUCGGCAAUAAUGACUUAACUUUUAUUAUAAUGAUGACUACUAAUUAAUUAGUUGAAGUCGAUAAGUAUGCCACAUUUCUGGGACCAUUUCGGUUUUAAAAGCACCCCCAGACAAAGAAACCUUCAAGACGGUCUUUUUCAAAUAGCCUCGCAAACUUGUAGUUUACUAGUUCAAGUCAACAACACGAAUAAUAUUAGUUACGGGGAUAAUACUGCGAAUAUCCACUUGAACAGUGCUGGAACAUCUUCGCGCCAUACGACUUCAUCUCCGGACGAGUUUCCGCAUUGUGGAAAUUCUCGAGCUACGGCUUCGGAUAGGAAAAAUGGAGAUGAUAAAGAACAACUUGUAGUUUUAAUACCGCCUACAGUUGAGAAAAGGACACGGUCCCCAUCUCAUUACCGUCCAAGUAUUUUGAAUAAGCCUACAUUAUCGACGGUUCCGGAGACUCCAUCGACCUCUAGCCAUCAUGAACAUGACCUUUGGGCUCAAGCCUACUCUCUGACAGAUCACGAUGGAAGUCAAGACAGAUGGGGCGGAAACAACCGAUGGUGCCGACCAUCCUGCAUUCCCAUAACGAUAAUUUGUAUCCUAAUCUUCCUUGUAGUGCUACUGCCCGUAUUAGAUCAUGCCACAGAGAAAGCUUUGCAAGAAAUCAAUACGCUUAGAGAUUGUAAUUCGUGCAGAUUAGCCCUUGUAGAAAGUAUACCAGACGGUUUAGCAUAUAACGAUUCAUCGAUAACACAUGUUUCCACUUAUGACACUUGGUCGGACUUGAUACGAAAUGCAAAAAAAUCAAUUGACAUCGCUUCCUUGUAUUGGACUUUACGCCAGUCCGAAGUUUAUCCUGAUCCUUCUUCCAUUAAAGGUGAAAAAAUCUUUCAAGCUCUCCUAAAAGCAGGCACCGAUCGUGGAGUAGCGAUAAGAGUAGCUCAAAAUGCACCCUCGCAAAACUAUCCGAACGUGGAUACUGAAUUUUUAGUGAAACGCAAAGCGGCCAAAGUAAGGAGUUUGAAUUUUGCCAAACUGUUAGGCAACGGGGUUUUGCACACGAAAAUGUGGAUUAUCGAUGGAAAACAUGUUUAUAUUGGUAGCGCCAAUAUGGAUUGGCGAGCACUUACUCAAGUAAAAGAAAUGGGCAUAGUCAUUUACAAUUGCACCUGUAUAGCUGACGAUGCUUCAAAAAUCUUCGAAGUGAGUAUAGAUUUGCUUAAUUUAAUUGCCAGUGAAGAAUUAUAUUGUAAAAAUGGUUAUUUUCAGGUUUAUUGGUCAUUAGGUGAAAACAAUUCGGUGAUCCCGGAUCGCUGGCCAGACAAUCUAUCCACCAACUUCAAUGUGAACACACCCUUAAGUUUAAAUUAUGAAAAUGAAACGUUCCAGACCUAUUUAUCUAGUUCGCCUCUUCCGUUCAACCCGAAAGGUAGAACCAACGACAUUGACGCCCUAUUAAACGUAAUCAAACACGCAGAGAAGUUUAUUUACAUAGCAGUGAUGGAUUAUUUUCCAUUGAUGAUCUACACCCCGAAGCGUGUUUAUUGGCCGGUAAUCGAUGACGCACUCAAGACGGCCGCGAUAGAGCACAGAGUCAAAGUAAAGUUGUUGAUUAGCAAGUGGAAUCAUUCCAGACCGGCUGAGGAUUAUUUUUUGAAAAGUAUUGCCGACAUUAAUAAUUCUUAUCCGGGAGUUUCGCUUGAAAUUCGUCGUUUUAUUGUGCCAGCCAAUAAGGAGCAAAGAAAAAUUCCUUUUGCCCGUGUCAACCAUAACAAGUACAUGGUAACAGAUAAUACAGCUUUUAUAGGUACUUCCAAUUGGCACUAUAGUGACAAUACAAACACUUGGCCAUCAAAAAUUAAGAUGCCUCUUUUCGGUAACAAAUUCUCACCCAAAAAGACCCCUUUAAGAAAAAGCAAUGUAAACAUCAACUCAGAUAAAUUACUCGACGAUCUGGUAGGUGAACAAAGAUCAAUCAAAAUCCAUCUCGGAGGGCAGGAGUUAGUUUUCCAGGAGGGCCAGUGGGUACCGAGUGCCGGCAAACGGAGUUCCUUGCACAAAUCCAACCAGAUACUCAAGCGAAAAAACCAAGAGUUGCAGGAGGAAAAUAAUUUGUUGCGGAUCAAAUGCGAACUUGUUAUGGAUAUGUUGACCCAAACCACUGCAGAAUACCAAUUGAUGGAGAAAGAGAUGGAAAAACUAAGGAAAAAUUAACAAAAGCUUAUCUUUAUAGAAAAAAAUUAAGAGACCUACUUAAUUCAAAUGUAUUUUUGAGUUCGCUUGUUGAUUUUC